UGGCUUCCUGCUUCCGGCUUCCGGCUUCCGGCUGAGAGGGUGGGAACCGGCGGCCGUCAUGGCAGCUGACGAGAAGGACCCGUUGAGCUAUUUCGCGGCUUACGGGAGCAGCAGCUCCGACUCGUCGGACGAGGAGAACAGCGAGCCGGAAGACGUGGGUCGCAAGGAGGCGGCCCCGGCUCCGACGACGGGCGGCCGCGGGAAGCAGGCGGAGAAGCGGCUGCCGGGCCCCGACGAGCUGUUCCGCAGCGUGACCCGCCCGGCCUUCCUCUACAAUCCGCUCAACAAGCAGAUCGACUGGGAGCGGCAUGUGGUGAAGGCGCCCGAGGAGCCUCCAAAGGAAUUCAAAGUCUGGAAGUCCAACUGCGUGCCACCCCCGGAGACCUACACGACUGAGAAGAAGCCGCCGCCGCCAGAGCUGGACAUGGCGAUCAAGUGGUCGAAUAUCUACGAAGACAAUGGAGAUGAUGCCCCACAGAAUGCCAAGAAAGCCAGGCUUCUGCCGGAAGGGGAGGAGACCGUGGAAUCGGAUGAUGACAAAGAUGAACGUGCAUCUAAGAUUCGCAGAGUGGAGCCGGGAGAAGCAGCCAAGAGGAAGAAGUAGAGAGCGGCGCCUAAGCUGUGUCGCUGGGCGGGUGUUUGCCUUUGAGCACUGCUGUGACAGACAUCUCCACGAACGUAUUUGUGUUAACGAACUAAGAGUGUCAGCCUCAAGACUUUCCACUGUAUAAUUCACUUUUUUAUUUAAAACCUGUACGUAUUUACAACUCUAAUGGUGACCUGUGAUUGUGAACUGACAGUACUUGGAGACAUUCUGGCUAUCACAAAAUUGGUGACAGGCUUUGAGAGUUUGUCACAUGGACAUGCCAAUGUUCUAUGAACCUUUUAUAAAGGAUUAUAUUUUUAAAGUAAAUAUAUUGUACUGUGAACUUGUGGGUGCUUUUCAUUAGUAUCUGUACAGUGUAAAUAGAUGAUCAUGGAAAUAAAAUUACUUAAUUCAAUAUUGUUAUUACUGAAUGCCACUAACAAGUAUUUGUGACAAGCAGCCUCUUGCCCUGUGACAUUUUGAUUCACAGUGGGGUUAGCAUGUAGGGAGAUCCUCCCAUGUUCAGGUGCCUUGUGCAUACUUCUCUCCAACAGUCCUGUAAAUGAGGUGGACAUGAGAGUCCUCUACAUAGUGAUGAGAGCGUGAGGAACUGGGCAGAAGGAUGGACACAGCAGUGAGUGAGGACAAGCAGUCACUCAGGAUGGACUCCAGACUCCGACCAAACCACCGUCCUCUCAUCAGACCUCAAGUCACUUCUCAAGAACGCCAUCUUCCAUGCGCACUUCUGUUAGGGAGGUCUCAUACCCUGGUUAUGCGGCUGCACCUAUAUAUGCCUUAGAGUGUGAGUACUCAUUUCUUCAUUACAUAUACUGAAGGUGAGACUCUUCUGGGAUAGAUGGCCAGAGUCAGUAAAGAGCAUAAGGUAUAUGUGAUAUAAGAGACACAUUAAAAACCAUCUGAAAUUCCAGUUUAA